UGUGGUGGUGUGGUGUCAUACCCCACACAAAGAUCGUGUAAACUCCGCCGUCCGCUGUUGUUGAUCUCUCAAUGUAUAAAAAAUCACAUUAUCAAUUUGACUUAAAUAAAUCCUAUAUUUAGAAUGGAAACUCAGAGCGAACUUUAAAUUGGCCGCGAAUUCCGUGCCGACGUGCCGUAUUCAGUAUACCGACUUAAUGUCGUGUCUUCACAGUGUUACACCCCACACCCCACACACUAUAUGUAGCAAGCAGCAAAAUGUCGAAGCUGUGCCGCCAGGUGUCCAUAGAGUCGCCAGGGUCCACCCUGAAGGAAUGUGUGUUCAGUUUCGAUGUCCCCGUCCCUGACGUACCUCUGUACGGGGCAAGGAUCAGGGUGGUGUACGCCGGGGCCUGCUACCGCGCCAACAGGACACGCUCGGCCUCUGUGUGCAGUACAUCUUCUGUGUCUUCGCUCGGAAGCCUGUCGGGCGAUAUAGAAGGCUUUGGGAUCCAUACGUCGACGCCUGCGCAUAUUGGGUUGCGUGACGGAGCUCUGUUCCCAGGUUACGAAGUGGCCGGCGUGGUGGACGCGAUUGGGAAGGCUGCAGAGCGCACAAACGGGAUAAAGGAGGGGACCAGAAUAGUUCUGUUCCCGUACGAGGGGGUGCCCCACGGGUACGCGGACUACAUCGUGGUGCCGGACUUCAAGUGCCUGGUGGUGGUGCCCGAUGAGUUGCCGCUCAGCGUGGCGGCUAUGCUGCCCACCGGCGCCUUGCUUGCCAUGAACACCGUGUACACUGCUAGCGAAUGCCUCAAAAGAAUCCUUGAAGGCCCAAAUCAUAAAGACAAGGCGACGGUCCUGAUAGUGGGCACGGGCGGCCUCGCGCUGUGGGCCCUACGCAUCGCAACCAUCUACUUCAAACAUGGCGCCUACACCGAUCGCAUUCGAGUCUCCGUCGCAACUUUGAAAGAUGAGGGCUUCGUUUUGGCCAAGGAGAGCGAUGAGAUAAAAGUGGUUCAGUGGAGCGAGGAUCUCUACGAGAAGCAGUUGAUUGAGCGCACAGUGGACGCGUGCAGCGGUCCCGUGGACAUUGUGAUGAACUUCGGCACCACCUCGCGGUCGUUGCAUCGCUCGCUGCAGUGUCUGGCUGCGGGUGGCAUGGUGCUUGUGACCGAGGACGUCGGUGUGAAGUUGCUGCCGAAAUUCGCGAAAAAGGCCGAGGACAUGGGCGUCAAUAUAGUGGUGGUGCCAAACGGGUCCAUUGACCAGCUCAGGGAACUGGUGGCGCUAGUGGCGCGCGGCGAGAUCGAACCUCCGCCGCACUCCGUGUUCCCCGCGGAGGACGCCCAGGAAGUGGUGAGGAAACUCUGCAACUCCGAGAUCGAGGGCAGGGCCAUUCUCAAGUUCCACAACGUGGACUAAGUCCAACGCGAGACUGACAGGAUUUUGAUUAGCCCAGUGUUGCCUGCACGACGGCUGGUAGCUUGGUAGAGCGAGAGAUAAAAUAGAAUGUUUCGCUUCUCUAGUUGAUACACUUUAGAUGUGAUGAUCGGAAUUUGUAAAGAAGUAUAUUAGGCGUGUUUUCUGGGUAAAGAAAUAUGGUCUUACUAUACAACUGUUUGAGUUAAACACUUGUUCGCCCUUUCACUUUCAUGGCAAGUGAAAAAGAUGGUAAUAUAUUCGUCGCAGGACGAAGUCUCGUAAAACAUAUCGAAAGAUCUCGAAUACACGCAUAUUGUCACAUCAUUGAACACAAUUAUCCCCCAGAUUUAAGAUGUCACGUGUUUGUCAAUGUAUUUUUCUAGUAUCAAUUCAUUCUGGGCGGAUAAUCUAAUUUUAGACAUUGUUCAGUAAGACUGUUUGUGGUAAUUAAAUAAUAAAACGUGGAAAUUUAAAAUCACCUAAAUUGAUCCGUUUUAUCUCGUGAUUACUUAGGUCUCAUUAGUAUUAAAAGUAUUUUCUGGAAAAUGUGACUCACACUCACGUGAUCUAUACUUGAUAUUAUAAAUAUGAAAGUAAGUAACUUUCACGGCUAAACCUAUUGUGAUAAAAUUCGAUUCAAUGGCUACUGCGGACGUGGAUGUGGGCAACAGUUGUUUGUAUAAAAAUAUGUCUUUGACAUUUUAAAAAGUAUUUGUUUUGAUUUGUUGUUAAAAAUAAUCUAGAUAUUGUUUUAACAUUUGCAUAGGAAUAUGCAUAAAAGUAUGUGAAUGUAGCAUGUAAUUGAAACGUACAUAAAAUCGAACUAAAUUAGAUAUACGGUGCGUGUGUUAUUUGAGAAGUAAUUGCAGUAUUUUUUUUGAACUGGCAACACUAACCAGUUAAUUGAUUGAAAUUAUUGUACUGAGUCUAAAGUGAAAUAUCAUGGUAGAUGGUUGUUAAUAUUAUUAUAUAUUAGUAUGAGUGACAUAUAUGUAAAUGUCAAACUUAUUGGCGAGAUUUUUAUAUCGAUAUAAAGUAGGAUUUUUCUUAUCUUUGAUCAUAGAAUUACAACUUUUUCAAAUAAGUCAUCAAUAUUCUAUUAUACUUUAUGAUAUUAUGUAACUUUUGUAAUAGACUAUCAUCUAUAUUUGAUAUAUAACUUUUUAACCCGUUAUUUAGGUACAUCGAGUCUUUGAAUAUAACACAACGACCAUUAUUUUCAUAAAAGUAUUAUGUAUAUCUUACGGCUGUAGGUAGUUUAUACUUUAUUUGAGCUAUAUCCCAUUGCUCCAUUGAGCUCCGUCCCGUAGACGGAUCAACGCAGAAAAAUUUUGAAAUUGUAUGGCGAAUUUCGACCUAAAUCUACGCACAACGUUAACCUCAAAACCUAUAGAUAACAACGAAGCGCGACGGAGCUGCAACGGAGCUCAACGUAGCAAUGUGGCAUGGCUUUUUAUUGGUAGGGAGAUGGUGUGAGGAAUUUCUUUACUAUUACGUCUACUAUUAAAAAAAAUAUUAAAAUUAAAAGACCUGGAAAUAUCGCUUAAUUAAUAUUAAAAAAAAAAACAAGUUUUUAAAAUUUAUAUUCUAUUGAAUAGUAAGUAAAGUAUAAAGGUGUUCUAUUAUAUACAUAUAUUAGCAUUGUCUGGAUUUAUCAAAGAAUUUUACCAUGUAAACAAAUGUAUUUUACUAAUUCAUAUUACCUAAACGUAUUAGUUACAAUAUAAUAGGCUCUAACCAAAUGUAUGCAUGUGUAUUUAAAAAAAGAUACAAUAUGUUACAAUACAAUUUUAUUCUUGGUUAGAACUAGUUAUCGCUGGGGAAAACGAGUUGUGUUUAACUGUAAAACAUAAUUAUUUAUAUAAGUGUCGCGCGCGCUUUUCCGUGAAGUUUGCAUGGGAAGCGUAUUUCGGACAAAUUUAUGAAAGAAACUUUAUAAAUCAGACAUGAAAAUUUGAUUCAAAAGAAACCCAAUUAAAAUAAAUUGUAAUUUCAUUGAUGGGUCCCGUUAUAAUAAUCUACACUAAAUGGAUAUAUGCUUAGUGUGUUUCUCGUAGAUGACAAAAGUUUACUACAAUUUACACACGCAUAUUUAUAUUGGUUUUGACAUUUAGGUUAGGAGACCAAAAGUCACUCGUCAAUUCACGAAGUGAGGGUGAAUGAGGUAAUAACCCAUGAUUAACCCGCAUCUAUGAGGUCUGAUUAAAUCUAGUAGAUAGAUAGAUCUGUUACAACUUUUUAGUUAACUGUUUUUUCGUUUACUAGUUGGCGCCAUUAGUGAGGCCCUGUCACUUAUGGUUGACUGGCUGACACACAAUCUCAACACGUUCAAAUCAAUGCCUGUUUGCCAGUAAAAAAAAAUCGGUUGAGAUGCUCUUUGAUUCACCGCCGUUCUGGUUUGAAUUUUCAUUUAUUAACUUUACCCUCAUUCGACCAAAGCCAUAAUAAUGUGUCUAGUCAGGUGUAAUAUACAGUCACGAAUAUUAUCAAAGUGUUAUGUAAUGUCCAAGUGUUAACCUGUUCUGCAAGGCCCACUUGAUCGGGUUACUGGAACACUGCUAUAUAAUAAAAUUACUUUUCUAAUUGAUUCUUCCAUUGACACUUCCAUUUUAUUUUUAAGAUAUGUAUUGGGAAUGUAUGUCAGUGCCGCGUUUCCCACGCACCUGCCUUCCACCCCGCGUAUCGUCACACAACGUUUGUUAGGUUCUUGCUCCAUGGACAAAUGUAUGGUUAUAUUUAUGCUGAGUUUUCCCCGUGAGCAUGCAAGCGACGGCGGGCGAGAAGUAGUUGUGAAGUCAUAAUAUCGUAUUAUUAGUUUAAGCCUUGACACUAAUUAUUAUUGUAUGUAAUUGUUGUUUGUAUUAUCGAAUAAAGUGAUGGACGUAUGUUAAAA